GCCGCCCGCCCCUCACGCCGCCAUUUGACAUCGGUCGGGGCCGGUCCGGGUUCACCCCCGGCGCGGCCGGAGCCCCGGGCAUGAAAAUGAGCUGCACGAUUGAGAAGGCGCUGGCGGACGCCAAGGCGCUGGUGGAGCGGCUGCGGGAGCACGACAGCGCGGCCGAGGCGCUCAUCGAACAGACCACGGCGCUCAACAAGAGAGUGGAGGCCAUGAAACAGUACCAGGAAGAAAUCCAAGAGCUCAAUGAAGUAGCAAGACAUCGCCCUCGGUCUACUCUAGUGAUGGGUAUCCAGCAGGAAAACAGACAGAUUAGGGAAUUGCAACAGGAAAACAAAGAACUGCGCACAUCUCUCGAAGAGCACCAGUCUGCUCUGGAACUCAUCAUGAGCAAGUACAGAGAACAGAUGUUUAGGUUGCUUAUGGCGAGCAAAAAGGAUGAUCCAAGUAUAAUAACGAAGUUAAAAGAGCAACAUUCCAAGGAGCUGCAAGUGCAUGUGGACCAAAUUACAGAGAUGGCAGCAGUAAUGAGAAAAGCCAUUGAGGUGGAUGAAAGGCACGGCUGCAAAGAGCAGGAGCGCAUCAGCCAGCUCGAGCAAGAAAACAAAGGCUUGAGAGAAAUUCUUCAAAUCACUAGAGAAUCGUUUCUGAACCUCAAGAAAGAGGAUGCAUCAGAGAGCACGUCCCUGUCAGGAUUAGUGACAAGCAGUGAUCUGAGCCUGAGGAAAAGCUAAGGACUCUGGGAAUCAGGAAGCUUCAGUUGCACACUUAAACCAAUGGAGCAUCAGGGGGCACUGGUCAAGCACUUGUUACUGAAUAGGGCACCAGCAAGAGAAUGCAUCCAGCUCAGUGGCUUUUAGACUGUGUAACGAAAAUUCAGCUGGUAUUCUGGAAUACCCUCAGUGACAGAUUGAUUGCCAUAGAUCUAACCUCAGUAGGAAAUGGAUUAAUGCACUUGCUGAAUUGCAAAUUCUUUUUAUAUGAACUCGUUUUACAGAUGAAAGGUGAGAUUUCAAGUAAUUUAUAUAAAUUAUUGCUCAUACAAAGUUCAGUGCAACUCUUAGAUAAUAAAGGUAAGAUUUCAAGUCUGAUCUCUGCCUUAGAAAGUAGUUACUUAUCAAUAUGCUUUUGUGCAUGAUCCACAUAGCAUUUUUUCCUUUUGUUUUGGUUUUAAUACUCAUUUUGCAAAAAACCUCUUUAAUGGGAGGGGCACACAGGCAGCAUAAAAUUUAGAGAUUUCUGUCAUUUAGCCUUGGGUUAUCACUUUCAAAUACAAGGCCAAUUUUUAAACAUAAGGAAUGGUGUCAAUCAAUAGUUUGGAGUUUUUAAAUGAAAUGAGAUUCUUUCAAAUAUGUGCACUGAAUUGUAUUGUGAGGACAUGGAAAGAGCUGUUCCCACUUUGUUGUUCUCAGGAGCACAGGUAGCAAUACAAUUCUGCCUCAGCUUCUGCCUUUAGGAGAGGAAAUCUAGCUCAGUUCUCUUUCAGUAAGAAGCCACUGAGUCCCAUGUCUUUCUUCUCCAGUUGCCUGCCCAAACUUCCUAAGUGAGGAAUGGCAACUGGAAAGCAUAAAAGUGGCAGUGGCAGCAGAAAGGGAGGGUGGAAGAAGGAGGAAGCAGCUUCAUGGCAGAGUGGGCAGCCUGCAAUUAAUACUCUUAAUUUUCCUUUCUCCAGUACUAACUAGUCAUCAAGAAGGUUUUAAAGUGAGUUAAGCAGGAUAAAAGCUGUCAGCUACUGAAAACUGUGGAACUACAGCUGCCACCCACAGUUUCACAUUCUGGCUGUUCAAUAACCCACCAAGCAACAUGAGCUGAGAUAUCCUGAAAU